UGAUCACAGUUGCAGUUUCUUGAAAAAAAAAAAAAAGUUUUGAUCUUGUUGCACACCAAGUGUUUGUUUUAAUGCAUGACUGAACUCCAAAACAUUUUUCUGAUCUGGGGUUCUUCAAAUUUCAAUCUUUACCAAUUUCUUUGAUGGAUCUUGAUCAAUCUACUACUGUGGAGUCAACACAGAGCGGCAGUUCUUCUUCGGGUUAUUGUCGAACUAACUCAGAGAUUUCAGGCUUUUCUGAGCAUUUAACAGAUGAUUUCAACAGCUGCUCAUCAGAAACAAGUUCUCCUGUAUCGUGGCCGGUUACCGGAAGAUCACCUUUCCGGCCAACGCUUUCGAGAUUCGGAGCAAUCAGACAUGAUCACAAGCUGGAAAAGGAUGAUAAGCUUAAUGAUCAGAAGCCUACCGAUUUGGAACUAGAAAUGAUGAAAGAAAGAUUUUCAAAGCUUCUGUUAGGCGAAGAUAUGUCGGGCAGUGGCAAAGGAGUCUCGACUGCUGUUACCGUCUCUAAUGCUAUAACAAAUCUUUAUGUUUCGGUGUUCGGGCAGCACCAGCGGUUAGAACCGUUGUAUUCGGAUAAAAAGAGAAUGUGGAAAAGGGAAAUGACUUGCUUGUUAUCUGUAUGUAAUUACAUCGUUGAAUUCGUCCCAGCAUCGCAAAACUUACAAAACAAACCAUCUAUGGAGAUGAUGAUUAGCCGGCUGAGAUCGGACAUAGAUAUCAACCUUCCUGCGUUAAUCAAGCUCGAUGCACUUCUCAUAGAAAUAUUGGAUAGUUUUCAAGAAACAGAAUUCUGGUAUGAUGAACAAGGAAGCAUGUCGAGAAACUCGCUAAGCGGGUCAUUCCGGGGAGCUCCUCAGCCUCAGAGAAAAGAAGACAAAUGGUGGCUGCCGCUUCCCUGUGUGCCAGCUGGCGGCCUCUCGGAGACCACCAAGAAACAUUUGAGACAAAAACGUGACUCGGCAAAUCAAAUACACAAAGCAGCAAUGGCUAUCAACAGCAGCAUUCUAUCCGACAUGACAAUCCCACAUUCUUACAUUUCUUCUCUUCCUAAGAGUGGAAGAACAAGUGUAGGCGAUACAAUAUACCGUUCCAUGAUUUCUACAAGCAGGUUCUCCGCCGAGUACCUUCUUGAUUGUCUCGACAUAAGCUCAGAACACGAAGCACUUGAGUUAGCGGAUCGGAUUGAGGCCUCGAUGUACACAUGGAGACAAAAAGCAUGCUCAAAUUAUCCGAAAUCGUCAUGGGAAAUUGUUAAAGAGAAAAUGGAGGGUGACAAGAAUGUGGUACUAGCCGAAAGAGCGGAAAUUUUGUUGUUUAGCUUAAAACAACGGUUCCCCGAACUUGCACAAACAACACUAGACACAAGCAAGAUUCAAUACAAUAAGGAUGUGGGACAAGCUAUAUUGGAAAGCUACUCAAGGGUUUUAGAAGGAUUGGCAUAUAAUAUUGUUGGUUGGAUUGAAGAUGUAUUGUUUGUAGAAAAAUCCAUGACAAACCAACAAGAAUCUUAGGCCUUACUUUUGUAAGUAGGCCUUACUUUUGUAACAUUUUCUACAUGCUUUGAAAAUCAAACCGGACCAGUUCAAGUUCAAUUGGUUACAUGUUGGUUCGGUCUGGUUUUCAAAACAUUGUAGGUAAGUAAAUAGGUAUUCUUUUGCUUUGCUAGCAAGUUGUUUCAUAAACUUAGGAUUGAUUAAACCACCUUUGACAAAUGACAAUACACAUAAAUGAUACAAUGGGACUCA